CCUGGUUACGAAGGCAAGCAGUGUGAAGAAUGUAGCGACGGUUAUUUCGGCAACCCCCUGAUCCCGGGGGGAAAAUGUGAGAAGUGUAACUGUAGUGGAAAUGUUAACUUUACCGAGGACGGGGGGUGCGAUAAGAGAACCGGAGAGUGUCUCCGCUGUCUGCAUAAUACUGCUGGCUACUUCUGUGACGUGUGCAAACGUGGUUACUAUGGAAAUGCCAAAAAUCAAACAUGUAGACGUAAGUAUUACUAUUUAUAUGUUGCGUUUGGUGGCUUAGCUUAUUGACAAGUUUCAGUAAGCGUUACAUUUUCAGAUGUAAUCACAUCCAACAAGUUCUUUACGAAACAAAUUAUUCGUUCUUUAUAGCUUGCAGUUGUAACAACAUCGGGACGGACUCGGGCUCAGGCCCUUGCAAUCCUACAACAGGGCAAUGUCCUUGCAUGCCCAAUGUCGUAGGUUUGUCAUGUGACCGCUGCGCGCCAGGGCACUGGGAUCUAGCAAGUGGUGAAGGAUGUAAGUCAUGUGGAUGUUGUGCUACUGGUUCGACCACGACACAAUGUGAUCAGGUAAUCUCCUUGUUUUACUCAUUUUAGUAUGCUCUUACCGGGAAUAUACUUUUUUUGCCAAGAUAAAAAAUUAGUAUAUAAUUGGAAUUGUCUAUUUGAGGGGCAUUCAAGAUAGAUGUUUGUUUCACUUAAUCUGUUUUACCAGGUGUCUGGGGUGUGUCAAUGUCGUCGAGAUUUUGGAGGUCCAAAAUGUUGUGAUUGUGAAGAAGGAUUCUGGGGAGUACCCCCUGGACAGUGCACACGUGAGUAGCGGUAGUGGAAGUCUAAAGCUACGUUUACACGCUGCCUUUAAUCGUGUACGAUUCGUUUUCUGGCGUAUGUCAUUGAGUAAACACGCGUAAGCGGGCUACAUUUGAAAUUUCUUUUUAACGAAACGAGCACUCAUUUUAAUACGCCAGAAUACGAAUCGUACACGACAAAUCGUGGCGUGUAAACGUAGCUUAACCUGAACCAUUUAUAUAGAACCGUUGCUUCUCAGGCCUGUUUUAGGCCUGUUCUAAACGUCGCAUUUUACAUGUGCCGAAUGCAUUCAAAACAAUAGAUAAUCAGCUGAAAUGCCUCAUUAUCCAUUGUUUUGACGUCGUUUAGAACAGGCUUUAUACGUCGAAUUUCGGUUGCGUCGAAUGCAAUUCAAACAAUAGAUAAUGAAGCUUAAUGAGGUUAUGAUCUCAUUAUCUAUUGUCUUAAUUGCAUUCGACGCGACCAAAAUUCGACGUAUAAAACAGGCCUACUGGCGGUUUUCGGUAUAGGCGAAAUUUUUCGACCGAAUCGAAAUUUUCUUUUGUCUUACAAGCACUCAGAUGGAACUAAUCAGAAAUCUUUUGAAUUUGAACAAUAGAAAUUUCGGUUCGAUCGAAAAAUUUCGCCUGGUGGAAAACCGCCCUAACCGUGCCUUAACAAACCAUUCAUCUUUUCUUGUUUUUUUUUCCCAUCAGCAUGUGACUGCAACCCCAGUGGCUCACUCCAGACUCAAUGCAACCGACAGACAGGUGAAUGUGUUUGUAAACCUGGCGUAACGGGCAGGAAAUGUAACAAAUGUGAACCAGAGACGACCCAGGAGUUCCCGGAAUGCGAGGCUUGUCAUGAUUGCUACUACAGCUGGGACAAAAUUAUUUCUGAUCUGGAGAAAAUUGCUUGGCGUCUCAAAGGCAAAAGUGGAGGUAGUUUAUUUUAUGAUACGUUCCUUGUAUGUUUGAUUGGAGAGAGAUAAUUGUUUAGUUUCUUGGAAACACCAUGUGUAUUUAUUUGGGAAAACUUUAAUAACUAAACAUACGUGAUAUUUCCACGAAACAAAACAAUUAUCAAUUUAUUCGAAAGUCGUGGGUUUUCUGAUCAUUAGCUGACCACGUCUACACAUAACAGGGCUUGAAUUUUAUCACGGCAAUCUCGACAAUUGCCGUAGAGGGAGAACAAAAUGCCGUGGAUCAUUGCGGCAACGACGGCAAUUUUUUGCCGUAUAGUGUAAUUUUUAUACUAUUCACUGUGCAUUACUAUUUUGGUACUUGAAUUCAGAUGUUGAUCAAAUCAUGCGUAAAUUACUGUUUUAGUCUCAGUUUUCUUCGAAAAAAAAACCACUAAAGAAAUACGUAAACAUGUUUCUAGCUUGUCAACAAUCCAAAGUAACAAUGAAAUUAAAUUUUUAUUACAGUAAUUUGAAAAAAAAAUUGCCGUAGACAGCUGUUACGUUUUACGGCAAUUUUUAACGCCAUUGCUGUCGAUUGAUUUCAGGGAAUUUUGAGGCCUGACACCUAACCAUCUACAUGGGUAAGUAUGGUAACAACAGAUAUUAAUUCAUUUUAUACUUUUCAUUGUUACAAUUUUUGUCAGGUAGUGGAGGAGGAGGCCCUGUGUCCGUGGAUUACCAGAAGGAGUUAGACGCAUUAGAAGAAAUAGUCCGUAGAAUUGAAUACAUUCUUGGCAACAGAACCACCUACCCUAAACACGUGGAAGAUAUUAAAGAGAGAAUCAGUAAAUAUCGGGAAAAAAUUAUGGAAAUCAUGAACACGAUCGAUCAGGUCCAUGGAAACCUGGACAAUACAGAAUCGAGAACGAAAGUUGCAAACAACGAGAUUUUCAAACUUCGAAUGAUUUAUGAACGACUUCGUAUUUUACUUGAAGGACAGCUUCGUAAUCUCACACUUAUCGAGGGAAAAAAACCAGGACAGGCUCUCAAUCAAACACGCAGGAGUUUGGAGGUUUCGAACAUGGCUUUUGAUAUUUCCGAGGAGGUUCGCCGAGUUCUUCAAGAGUCUGCUCAGCAACGAUCAGAUAUGCAGAACAAGGUACCUGGGUACGAGACGACGAACGAUGAAAUUCUUGACAAGCUGAGGAAAUACGAGCAAGAGUUUGGCUCUCUUGUUGAUGUGGUCGCCUGGAUUAAUCGGAAGUUGUGUGGAAAUAAUAGAACAGUUUGUGGAGGGUGUACCCCCUUUGGGUGUGAUAAAUGUGGUGGGGAGGACGUGUGUGAUGGAGCCAUGCCUUUAGCAUUGAAGGCUGUCGAGAAAGCAAAAGAGGCUGAACGAGCACUUUGGGACAAAGAACGUAAGUCGAGGGGUGGGUGGGGUGGGGGGAAGGUAGAGUUGGGGGCAGAGUAGAGUAGCUAGAUUGGAACUUAUUGCAUCUUUCUCUGUUUGUUCAAUACAGGCAAAGCCAACGCUACACUAGCCGAAGUGAUCGAGGCACAACUUGCUGUUGAUACUGCAAUGAAGGAAGCGAAGAUUGCACUAGACCUGGCCAAAGCAAUUCAAAUUCAAGCUUCAAAUAACACAGAUCACGUUACUGGAUUAAUACAGGUACGUCUUGGAGCAUCUGGCUAAGAGCGAUCUUAUUUCUCAAAGGAAAAUACCUUGGCAUGGUUGAUAUGUGGCUUUUACUAAACACCAGAAACGUAGCCAUCCCCAAAUGAGUGUGUGGUGGUGGUGGUGGUGGUGGGGGGAGCCAUCCCCAAAUGAGUGUGGGGGGGGGGAGCCAUCCCCAAAUGAGUGUGUGGUGGUUGGGAGCCAUCCCCAAAUGAGUGUGUGUGGGGGAGAGGGGUCUAAUAGUCGAAUACACCGAACAAUUAGGAGGUCCAGCCAUCCGGGGGCAUGGUUUCCCGGAAAUUUUUUUUUCGUGGUUCAUACAUUUUAGACACGUUUUAUUAUAAUCUGAAAGUCACAGAUUUAGUAUAUUUAUGCCAUAGAUGAGAACAUUAAGAGGUUAUGCCCCCUCCCCCAAACUGUGGGUUAUGCCCUCCUCCCCCACCCCACAGUUUCUCGUCAGUUUUGAAAGAAUUACAAAAUUUGGUCUUGAAGAAAGGUGGUAACUGGGUGAGAACUAUUCCCCCCGUGGCUAAGCCUCUGGGCACCCCCCCCCCCAACUGCCAUUGAACUAUAAGGAGUCAAAUAUAGAAAUAUUUUUUCUGCAGGAAAUCUUCGUUUAUUUGAAUCGAAGCGGUGUCGAUCCGAACGAAGUGCGAAGAAUUGCAGAGUUUGUUUUGGGAAGAAAACUGACGAUUUCUGAAGAAGGAAUUAAAGAGCUUGAUCGACGAAUCAAAGAAGCUGUCAGAAAACUGACGGGCAUUGACAGAAUACUGCAAGAAACAAAAUACGAUUUGAUGAAUAUUGACACCCUCAAGGAAGAAGCGAUUCAGGCAAAGUAAGUGUAAUAGUCCAGUUAUAAUUUAAGUUCAUUCAGAUGUAAGAUGAAUGCUUCCACUUUGAUCCUCGCACGUUUUCUCCGUUUUCUUUCUGUAGUAACACUGGAUCAAUAAGAGAUGAUCCUUACUGGACCUCUAGGGAGAACAGUUUAGAACUGAUAGAGCUAUCCAGUAUAAAUAAAGUUAGUUUAGUUUAGUUUUCCUCCUGUAGUAACACUGGAUCAAUAAGAGAUGAUCCUUACUGGACCUCUAGGAAGAACACUUUAGAACUGAUAGAGCUAUCCAGUAUAAAUAAAGUUAGUUUAGUUUAGGUUCCUCCUGUAGUAACACUGGAUCAAUAAGAGAUGAUCCUUACUGGAUCUCUAGGAAGAACAAUUUAAAACUGAUAGAGCUAUCCAGUACAAAUAAAGUUAGUUUAGUUUAUGUUUCCUCCUGUAGUAACACUGGAUCAAUAAGGGAUAAUAACCCUUACGUACUGGAUCUAGGGAGAACAGUUUAGAACUGAUAGAGCUAUUUGGUUGUCAUUAUUGAAUAGAAUAUUUAUUUAUUUUACAGUUUAUCAGCGGCAGAUGCAGCAGAAACCGCAAAAGAAGUGACAACGUCUCUGAAAGGUGUUGUCGUGGUUCAGGAUGGCUUGCAAAUAUCAUUAAAGAAAGCGAAACGAAAAAUUGAAUAUGUUGAAGUUAAGCUACUUGAGGUGAGGUUGUUUCAAAUUUUAAAGCAAGAAAAACUGCAGCCCCCGGCCAGAGCAAAUUGUAAAUCGUAUUGCGAAAACAGUUUCCUAACCAUGUUUUCAGAAGGUAGACAAACAAGGAAACAUUGUUUCCUAGCCAUUUUUUCAGGCAUCAGAUAAACCAGGAAAGAUUGUUUUCCUAAAUCACGCUUGGGGGACUGAAAUAUUUUCUGAAUUUGUCGAAAAACAGUUUGGCCUUUGGUAAGGAACAUUGUUUCCAAGUGGACAAACAGUUGAAGAACGAUCGAAAUUUUCAGAUAUUACCGCAACGUCUAUUUAUUUUUGUAAAUUUUUACCUGCAGAUCGAGACAACGAUCAACAAAACUCUGAACAAAUCUAUCGAAUCUGUGCGCCUCACGACGGAGAUGAAGCAAAGAUUGGCACCGUUGGAAAAGAAAUUCGAGGAAAAUGAGAAACUGUUGGUGGUAGCUGAGACUGAAGUAAACGUGGCUGUUAAUAUUUCAUCCAAAUCAAAGACUGUAA